ACUCAGUUAGCUCCUGUUCGCCGAGCACUGGUGACAGUUGUGCGACUCCCCGUCUGCCGCUGCGCACUCGGUGAUCAGGCCGCUCUCAGGGCUCCCCAACCGGGGUAUGCACCACCAUGUUCGACCUAAACGGCGGCUGGAACUUGUCAUUCGCCGGGUGCGGGUUUUUGGGAAUUUACCACAUCGGGGUUGCCAGCUGUCUGCUGGAGAAAGCGCCCUACCUGCUGAAAGGGGCCACCAAGCUGUACGGAGCCUCUGCCGGUGCUCUGACCGCCGCGGUGCUCGCCAGCCAGGCUUCAAUAACUAAAUGUUGUGAAGAUGUGAUCGAGGUGGCAAAAGAGGCCAGGAAGAGGAACCUGGGCCCCCUUCACCCUACCUUCAACCUGGUCAAGGUGAUCAAGACUGGCUUGAAUCGUGACCUUCCUUCUGACGCACACAUCCUCGCCUCGGGGCGGCUGUGUGUUUCACUGACCAGAGUGUCUGAUGGGGAGAACGUGCUGGUGUCAGAGUUUAGCUCCAAAGAGGAACUCAUACAGGCGCUGAUCUGUAGCUGUUUCAUUCCCAUCUACUGCGGGCUGAUCCCUCCAUCCUUCAGAGGAGUGCGCUACGUGGAUGGCGGGAUCAGUGACAACCUGCCACAGUCAGAGCUGAAGAACACCAUCACUAUCUCGCCUUUCUCUGGUGAAAGUGACAUCUGUCCCCGCGACAACUCCACCAGCUUCCACGAGCUGCGCUUCACCAACACAAGCAUCCAGAUGAACCUGGGGAACCUGUACCGCCUCAGCAGGGCCCUGUUUCCACCAGAACCAAAGGUUCUGGCUGAGAUGUGUCAGAGUGGUUAUAAGGAUGCUCUACGUUUCCUUGAAGAGAACAACCUGCUGAUGCUGGAGCGUCCGACCUCAGGCCUUGCCCCUCCAGAGAGCACGCCCACCUGCUGCUGCAAGCAUACAGAAACCACCAAAGAGUGGGUGCUCCGUAGGCUCCACCUACUGAGGAAACAGCACUGGUGGCUGGAUGAGCAGAUUGCUCUGCCUACGCCCAUCAAGAAAGUGUUCUGCGAGGCCUGCCAAGACAAACCUGGCCUGAUUGCCAAGGUUUCCGAGAUGCUGCCAGUGAGAGUGGCCUCCUACAUGCUCAUGCCAUACACACUUCCUGUACAGUCGGCCUACUCAGUGGCCCAGAGGUUUGUGGAAUGGAUCCCAGAGGUGCCAGCUGAUAUGCGCUGGCUGUUUGGGGUUGCAGGUGGCAUGUACCAACAGGCCUGGAAAGGAGCACCAACCAGCUCCAUGAGUGAGCCCUGCCUGAGGAAAUGCACGAGCACACCACCUCUGCCCUCAGAGUGUGAUAAAUUCAUGCACAGAAACACCCUGCCUGUUCUCUCCUCCCUGGACCUGCACGGCAGCUACUGGGAGAUCCCCAAAUCUUCCUCCUCCUUGUCCCACCAUCAUUCUCACGUCAUCCCCUCCUCACCACAACAAGUCUGCUUCUUUGUCGGCUCACAGGAUGAACCUUUCAGCCCUGCACAACAGUAAAAUGAUUCCCAGGACAUGAACUUUAACUCUGUGGUCAAAUAUCCACUCUGGAGUGGGUGGUUUGAUAAGUGGUAAACAUUUGAAACCAAUAAGCAAUGGUGUCUAAAUGUUUUAAGGAAACACAUAUUUUUAUGUCUGAAUCUGAACACUCCAGGCAGCACCAAGUAUAUUAUAUUUUAAUGAGUGCUCUGGAAGACAGAGUCGCAGCUUAGGAUCAUGGAUAUGUGUGUAUGACCUGUUUUGAUGUACAGCACAGAAAUGUGUCUAGUUUUAAUUCCACAUUCCAAUAUACUUAAUUCAGUCGAUUCAUUUGUCUCUCCAGAAGUGGCUCUCUCUAUCUGUUUGUCCUUUAGAUCAUGUCUGUUUGUUUUCACAGUUGUGAGAUAUCUCCAAGUCCCAUAUGACGACUCUAAGGUGACAUGAUGCAUUUUCUGAUGACCAUACUGGAGGUUUGCUGGCCUCAUUUCUUAACAUUUUAAAGCUGGAGUGUGGAACUUUUGUCUCCCCUCUCUGGCCAUGAGGGUAAUUGGAUAAAAACUCUUGACAUAAGCUCAUAAGGUAUACCUGCAAGUGAGCUUGCAGCAUCUCCCCUGCCCCUAGGAGCACUCUUUUAUUUACUUUAAUCCCUCCUCUGAAUGCUGAGUUUCUUAUUAUAUCCAAAGCAUCCCAUCCAAAAUUUUGGACACUUAUUAGGAUUUUCCAACCUAGCUUGGGGUGGCUGUGGCUCAGGAGGUAGAGCAGGUUGCCUGCUAACCUGAAGAUUGACGGUUUUAUCCUGGCUCCUCCAGUCCGCAUGUGGUUGAUACUCAACCCUGCAUUUUAACUGAGUAGCAGGUGGCACCUUGUAUAAUAUAGCCUCAGCCACCAGUGUAUGAAUGUGUGUGUAAAUCGUUUGUUUUAUGUGUUGUAAAGUAGGGGUGGAAAUCACCAGAAGAUCCACGGUACGAUAUUGUCACAGUACUUAAGUCACAAUACAAUAUUAUUGCAAUUUUAAAUAUGUUGCAAUAUACUGAGUAUUGCAACAAAAUAUAUGGCGAUUUAUUACCUUUUUCAACUGUAAAUUAUUUUCCCGAAGGAAAACUUUUAUCAACAUCUGUUUUACCUAAUAAGAUAAAGUUUUCAGUCUGUUCAUCUCACUUCAGUCAUUUUUUGCAGCAGCAAAAUGUAUCUAGUGGACUGAAAAAGCAAUUGAUUAUAUUAUUCUUGUAGGCUACCUAAGGUUUAAUUUGUAUUUGUAAGAUUAAUAAUUUAUAUAAUUAAAAAAAUGAUACUUGGCACUAUGUGGCAAUAUGAUAUUGCCACACAAAAAUAUCGCAAUUCUAUGCUGUUAAUGAGAUACUUGCUACAGUUGCAUUUUUGACUCACCAGCUGUGGUGACACCUUGCAGACAGCACAACGACAGUUACAUGCAUAACUUCAAGCUUUAAUAACAUCUAAACAAGUGAGUUAUAUAAAAAAUCCAAACAAACAAAAUACUUUAGUAACAAGAUGUUUCCAUAACUGCAGAAUUGAUGGCCAAAAAGUUGUAAUAAACUAAAGUGUCCUUUUACCACGAUGAUGUCAAAGACCAGAUAGUGUACAGCAUCACACAACUCUAAAUAUCAAGACAUAUCUACUAAAAAAAGACAAGUCGCUUUACUCACUGGUCACUAACAUUACUGACCAAUACUUAAUUGCAGGUUAAUAUAGUCUGUUUUCUGUGUUUAAAACAGCAAGACCUCCAUGAAGGACACAAGAACAGAUCCUCCAUAGAGGUCACUGUUAGGACCUCAAUUGCCAAAUGAAACACUGAUGCUGACUGUGUUAACAAAGACUGUGCAACCAGUGUUAUUGUAAUAUCAGUGUUAUCAGUGCACAUGGUCUAACCUUCAAGUUGUUAAUAUGUUUCAGUCAUUUCUCACUUGAAUGUAAAGGUGUUUUAUUUUACUGUGAUAUUCUUUUAAGAUUAAACCAUUUGAAAUCUUA